CCUACACCAGUCUCACAUAGGAUACCCCAUGGAUUCCAAUAGUAUAACGACUACCAUAGGCUAAGGGCACGGGUGUGGUUAGGCUACAAAGGAGCAUUUCCGCCAAUAAUUGUAGUCAAGGCCGAAAUGGUUCGAGUAAAGCACCGUUACCUCCUCGUCAGCUUUCUAUACCCCCAACCCCCGACGAAUCUCAAACCCAAGGAUGGCCUACCUGAGCUCCUCCAGCUCCACCAACCUACUCCCGACGGAUUCUACCCAGGCACAUUGCGGAAAGCCAUUCAGAACGGCGUGACAGAGCUCUUUGGAGACUGUGGUGUUGGUAUGGUCUCGACGGGCUUGAAAGUGAGCUAUCUCUCCAACGCAACUUCAACCGCCAUAGUCAAGUGCCCACGCGCUCAUUACCAAAUGGUAUGGGCGGCUCUCACUUUCAUGACAAAGUUGCCCGGGCCGGUUGAUACACCUGUUGUAGUCAAGGUUGUGAGAGUGUCUGGCACGAUCAAAAAGCUCGAAGAGGAGGUUAUUAGGCGAGCGAAGAAGAUUAUUGAGAGGGCCAAGAUGGUAGAAGGCAGUAUAGAGGUCGGCGGGUCUACUGUAGAUAUCGUGAAAGCUGUGAAGAGGAGAACGGAAGACCAAGUUCUUGUGGAGAUUGACGAAGAGAGUAGCGAUGGCGGAAGUGAGUAGCUGACAGAUACUACGGAAAGAGAAGUCUUUGUCAAAAACCCCUUGAGGUGAUUGAGAGGGGCUUUGGCGUAAAAUUGCUGGACUCGUAUUGCUUCACAGUCCAAGGGAUUGAUAUAACAUCUGUUCAAUGAAGAUAAUAGCUUUGAU